CUGUCAGUCAGCACUCAUCAUUAAGUAGGCGUAAAUAUUUAGAUUUCUUGUUUAUUGAGCCAUAAAUCUCUUAUAUUUGUCAACAAGUCCUCGACCCGAAAUGGCGGGGACGUACUAUUUUGUAAUUGUAGGUCACUUGGACAAUCCUAUUUUUGAGAAAGAUUUCAUCCCUGUUCCAAAGGAGGUUAAGAAAGAGGACAACAGGCAUUUGAACCAGUUUAUUGCCCACGCAGCGCUAGAUCUCGUAGAUGAGCAUAUGUGGAAGGUCACUAACACUUACCUGAAGUCUGUGGACAAGUUCAACCAGUGGUUUGUGUCUGCUUUUGUCACUGCUAGUCAGAUUCGCUUCAUAAUGGUCCAUGACGCGCGAAAUGAAGAUGGUAUCAAGAAUUUCUUCACAGAUGUGUACGAAGCUUACAUCAAGCUCAUGCUGAACCCAUUCUAUAAGGAGGACACGCCCAUCACACUACCCGCGUUUGACAAGAAGGUGCAGUUUUUAGGGAAGAAGUAUCUGACAUAACCCGUUAAUUGAUAUUACUAGAUAAUUUGUGACAUUUUCAACCAAAAGGUACCACAUUGUAGCUUGUCAAUAAGGUUGAUUUCAAAUUGAAGCUGAAUGGAAAUAGUGCCGUAUUGACAAAUGACAAUAAGUA